GUGGUAGUAGUUCAUUGUAUGCCACUCAUAUAUAUAUUAAAAGGAAAGCUAGAGGAUGAGCUAAGCGGCAGCUGCUAUGGGUUCCCCGAUAACACAGCUAGCUGCUGUUAUUCUUUUCUUCAUUUGGGGUUGGCUGGCAUGUGUCUCCCGGGGCCAGCCGGGGGAUGACAAGUACUUCUCCAUCAUCACCCGGCACGGCCCGGGGGAGACGUUUGCGUCGGAAGAGAAGGUUGCAGAGCUCUUCAGACGGUGGAAGGAGAAGCACGGGAAGGUGUAUAGGAGCGCGGAGGAGGCGGAGAGGAGGUUCGAGAGUUUCAGGAGGAACCUGAGGUACGUGGUGGAGAGGAGUGGUGGAGAGGGGGGGAGGGCGCAUUCCGUGGGACUGAACAGGUUUGCGGAUUUGAGCAAUGAAGAGUUCAGGAAGACGUAUCUGUCUAAGGUGAGGAAGCCUGUGGGUAAAGAGUGGAAGACUGAGAGGAGGAGCAUGCAGGGGAAGAAGGUGGAGUCUUGUGAUGCGCCUUUCUCGCUGGAUUGGAGGAAGAAGGGGGUGGUCACUGAUGUCAAGGACCAAGGGGACUGUGGAAGUUGCUGGGCAUUCUCUUCCACGGGAGCCUUGGAAGGCAUAAACGCCAUUGUCAAUGGAGUGCUUAUCAGCCUCUCGGAGCAAGAACUCAUGGACUGUGACACCACCAACGAGGGCUGCGAAGGAGGCUAUAUGGACUAUGCUUUCGAAUGGGUCAUCAAAAAUGGUGGCAUCGACUCAGAAGCUGAUUACCCCUACCUCUUCUACGAUAGCACCUGCAACACCACCAAGGAAGCAAAGACGGUUGUAACCAUCGAUGGCUAUGAAGAUGUCACGGCUUCAGACAGUGCCCUCUUGUGCGCUGUUGUCAGCCAGCCCAUAAGCGUCGGCAUGGAUGGCUCUGCCAUAGAUUUUCAAUUGUAUACAGGGGGGAUCUACGACGGCUCGUGCUCUGAUGAUCCAGACGACAUUGAUCACGCGGUCCUGAUCGUGGGCUACGGCUCUGAAAAUGGUGAAGAAUAUUGGAUUAUAAAGAACUCAUGGGGAAAAGCUUGGGGGAUUGCAGGAUAUGCAUAUAUAAAGAGGAAUACUGAUUUACCCUUUGGUGUUUGUGCAAUCAAUGCAAUGGCUUCUUACCCAGUCAAAGAGUCUUCUUCUCCAUCCCCAUUUCCCUCCCCGGCUGUUCCGCCGCCCCCGCCGCCUCCGCCUCCGCCGCCGCCACCACCCCCGCCACCGCCUCCCCCGCCGAGCCCCCCUAUUCAGUGUGGUGAUUUCUCCUAUUGCCUGGCUACAGAGACAUGCUGUUGCAUACUUGAUUUCUACAACCUGUGCCUGCUCUAUGGUUGCUGUGAGUAUGAGGAUGCUGUUUGCUGCACCGGAACUGACUAUUGCUGCCCUCAUGAUUAUCCCAUUUGCGACGUGGAAGAGGGGCUCUGUUUCCAGAGUUCUGGAGAUAUUGUUGGAGUGGCUGCAAAAAAGAGAAAGGUCGCUAAGCACAAGCUACCGUGGAGCAGAAUUGAAGAAACAGAGAAGGCUUACGGGUCUCCUCUGCAGUGGAAGAGGAACCGGUUUGCUGCUGCAAUGAUGUGAUAUUGUCCCUUUGGUUAUUUUCAAGUGCUUUAGGCUAGACAUUCUGUCACUCUGUUUCCGCUCUAGUUAUAAAUAAGCAAUAUCCAGAACAGAGGAAAAGGGGAGCGCGCGAUUUUACAAGAGAAAAGUAUUGGAGAUUGUAUUAUUUUUUUUUUUUCUCAUUUUUAUUUUAUUUUAUUAAAGCUUGUAGCAUGAGGCUCAAACUACCUUCAACUUCAAUGUUGUCAUUUGGGCCCCCUGGGUGUUUACCUUAAUUAAGCAUCUAAAGAAUCUUUCUAGU